UUGGGGCGCCGGAGAUCUCCGAUUUCCCCAAACAAUAGUCGACAGGACGCGAUGGUCGCCUUUUUUUUUGAAACCACAGGGAAGUUUAGGACCCUCAUCGGCCCAUUGUUGUUCCCACCGAGGCCACGUAGCUCUGUGGGGCGAUUUCAAACGUGGGAGGAAGAGUGUUGUGGUUAUAAACGCUACAGAGGAUAAACGCGAGAGAUGCGCAUGGAGGGAUCGCGUCCAGUUUGAUUGUAGGCCGAAGGUUUUGAAUUUUCUCCUUAGUGGCGAAGGACUGCUGGGAAUUUGAGUGCGUCCAUUCAUUUACUGUGAGGGCGUCCCGUUUGGAAAAGGAAAGGCGGAAGAAAGGGAGCGAGGAUUGGGAUAAUUUGGCAUCAGGACGCGACCAGUGGGGCCUGGGAGUCUCCCAUUGUCCUACAACACCCUCCUUUUUCCAUUUUGUAGGUCGCACAACUCUUUCUAUUCGCCCUAAAUGCUCCUGGGUCCUCUCAGACAAUCACAGCCUCCUCAGCUCUCCCCUGCUGUGACUCCUCUACCCGCCGUCCUCUCUCCCACCCCUCUUCUCCUCCUCUCUGUAGCCUCCCCCGCUCUCCCGCCUCCCUUCUCCUGCUCCCUCCUCAUCGGCCUCCAAGAUAGAUUCCCUCAGGAGUAAGGUUGACCUGCUCAAGCUGCCCCUGGCCCUCACCACCAAGUCCAUCUCUGAGCGCAAGAGCCAGCUGGGAGGAGUCGGCGAGCAGCGCAGCACGGGUGGAGGAGGAGGAGGAGGCGGGGCUCGUAAAGUCCGCUCAACGCUGACCCGAGACAUGGACAACGAGUCGCAGUACUCGGGCUACUCAUACAAGUCCUCACACUCCAGGAGUUCACGCAAACACAGGGACCGGAGGGACCGCCACCGCUCUAAGAGCCGAGACAGCAGCAGCCGUGGAGACAAGUCGGUCACCAUCCAGACUCCAGGAGAGCCGCUGCUGGAUGCAGAGUCGACCCGCGGAGAUGACAGGGACGAUAACUGGGGCGAGACGACCACGGUGGUCACCGGCACCUCCGAACACAGCAUCUCUAACGAGGACCUGACCCGCGUCACCAAAGAUUUGGAGGAGUCGACUCCGCUGGAGUGCAAGCGCUUCAUCGGCCCGGCUCUGGGAGGCUGCCUGAGCUUCUUCGCCCUGGUCACGCCUUUAGCCUUCCUCAUCCUCCCUCAGGUCCUGUGGCGAGACGCGCUCGAACCCUGCGGCACGCCCUGCGAAGGCCUCUACGUCUCUCUGGCCUUCAAGCUCCUGGUCCUGCUCAUCUCCUCCUGGGCGCUGUUCCUCCGGCCCCCUCGCGCCACGCUCCCGCGCUUCUUUGUCUUCCGCUGCUUGCUGAUGGUGCUGGUCUUCCUGUUUGUGGCGUCGUACUGGUUGUUCUACGGCGUGCGGGUGCUGGAGCCCAGAGAGAGGGACUACAGGGGGAUCGUGGAGUACGCCGCCUCGCUGGUGGAUGCUCUGCUCUUCAUACAGUACCUGGCUCUGGUGCUGCUGGAGGUCCGGCACCUGCAGCCAGCCUUUUGCCUCAAAGUGGUCCGGAGCACAGACGGAGCCAGCAAGUUCUACAACGUGGGCCACCUCAGUAUCCAGCGGGCAGCUGUCUGGGUGUUGGACCGUUAUUACAGCGACUUCUCCGUCUUCAACCCCGCGCUGCUCAACCUGCCAAAGUCCAUUCUGUCCAAGAAGAUGACCGGCUUCAAGGUUUACUCCCUGGACGAAAGCACCACCAAUAACUCCACAGGACAGUCCCGGGCCAUGAUCGCAGCUGCCGCCCGGAGGAGAGACAACUCCCACAACGAGUUCUACUACGAGGAGGCCGAGAUGGACCGCAGGCUCCGCAAACGCAAGGCCAGGCUGGUCGUGGCGGUGGAAGAAGCCUUCACACACAUCAAGCGUCUCCACGAAGAAGAGAUCGCCUCGUCGCCCAAACACCCGAGGGAGGUGAUGGAUCCCCGUGAGGCGGCUCAGGCCAUCUUCGCCCCGAUGGCCCGAGCCAUGCAGAAGUACCUGAGGACCACCCGGCAGCAGGCCUUCCACAGCAUGGAGAGCAUCCUCACACACCUGCAAUUCUGCAUCACACACAACAUGACGCCCAAGGCUUUCCUGGAGCGUUACCUCACCCCCGGCCCCACCAUGCAGUACCAGCAGCAGAACGGCAGAGGGCGCCAGUGGACACUAGUGAGCGAGGAGCCGGUGACCUCGGCCCUGCGUCAGGGUCUGGUCUUCUCUCUGCGCCGCCUGGACUUCUCCCUGGUGGUCACGGUGACGCCGCUCCCCUUCUUGCGGCUCGGGGAGGAGUUCAUCGACCCGAAGAGCCACAAGUUCGUCAUGAGGCUGCAGUCGGAGACGUCGGUGUGAAGGCGUCUCCUCUCCUCUUCCCACGCUGUCCUCCAUCUCUCUCUCUUCACGCUGCUGGAUCACUGAUGUGGCGGGACAUGUGGAGGCCAUGUGGUCCACUCCCAUCCAAUCAUUUCCUGUCUGUGACAAAGAAACCCUUCAAGGAGAGGAGAGUGCUCCUCCUGUUUUAUGAUGCUCACAGAUGCUCUGAUUUCAAACUGUGAUCAGCUCAACGAUUGUUGGAACCUGGAAUCAAACAGAUGCCUUGACUUUUCUCUUUCCUGUGUUGUCUUAAAGUCUUAACAACACGCUGUAAAAAAAAAAAAACUUUUUCUAAAGGGGACUUUUUCUCUUUUUGCCUCUUCUGUUGCUGUAACCACUGGACUACUUUACUGUGCUGACUCAACACCAGAGGAGGAUUACAUCACAUGUGUCACUUCCUCUUUCUUGUGUCUUAAAAACAGACUAACUGGAGCUCAGCUCUGACUGCAACGCCGGUGUACCACUGCCUUCAGUGUGUUGUUGUGUUUUAAAAUGACAAGGACUGUUUUUAUAUUAAAGGGUGUGACUUUUUUUUUUUUUUUUACUUACAGAAUGUAGCAUUAUUUGCUUUGAAUUAACACGUGGCUUUCCUGCGGCCUGAAGGCCAAAAUGUCUUUUUAUCUGACUGUAAAGAAAAAUGGAAGUACAUUCCUAAGCUACUCCAGACUCUGUAUGUUCAUGAUAAUCCAAAUAUGCAGGUUUUGUUUCUUCUACACUGGCAUUUUUACUAUUCAUUACACAGCUUUAGCAACCAAAGACCCCAUUUACACCUUUCAUUAUCAUGCAAUCUGUAUCUUCUUAUCUCACCUGGAUCAUGAUGUUAAAGCAUAAACCUGGUGUUAUUCUGAAUUAUUCUGAGAAUUCCAUAAAACCAUCAAUGUGCUUUAA